GAGCCCCUGCGCAUGACGCAAAUCUAGGAGACAAUCUGUAAGCUGUGGCGACACGCUGAAGGAGACGCCAGCCUUGUGAAAUUAUAAGUUGAUCGACAACAAAUCAAGCGAGAAAAAGAAAUCUAAAUCAGAUCAGAGAUUAACGAAGCACUUUUGCGCAACGGAGAUGCCAGUAUCAGUAGGACCAUAUGGACAGACUCAGCCCAACUGCUUUGACAGGGUCAAAAUGGGCUUCAUGAUGGGAUUUGCAGUGGGCAUGGCAGCAGGGGCAAUGUUUGGAACCUUCUCCUGCCUCAGGAUUGGCAUGAGAGGCAGAGAACUGAUGGGAGGAGUUGGAAAGACGAUGUUGCAAAGUGGGGGCACAUUUGGCACAUUCAUGGCUAUUGGAAUGGGAAUUCGUUGCUGAAAUACAGUAUAUUCUCUCCCUGAUUCCUCCCCAAGUGUAGAGCAAUUGGCAUCAUUGUUUGUACAAUGUAUAUGUUAGAAGCCCAUGGCAAAAUGAAUGUUUAUAUGGAUACUAGGCAGAAAGGAGUGCUGAUUCUAAGGCCAUCUAUUAUUUAGAGAAGAAAAUAAAAUUAAACUUGGGGCAAAUGCCUGUUAACAACAAGAAGAAAAGAGACUUUUGCAAUUGCUUCCUAAAUCAAAAAAAUUAAAUAUUUAAUGAUUUAAGUAAGAAAA